AUGAGGGGAACGUACCUGUGGAUAUUCUACUGCAGAACAAAGCACCUGCGGACUCAAGACUCCUUCCCUUUUUUAAAGCUGCGUGCUGAACAAUUUGCAGACAAUUUUGUGCGCAUUUAUGGUGACACGAUUAAUGGUGUGAAAAAUGAGCUAAAUAUUAUGUGCAGUUUGUGUAACAUGUCUCUGAGGAUGGCUCAUGUGUCCCUCUGCGAAGGUGCAGACAGCGGGGGUGAUGGGACUGCCGAUGGAUGCCAGCGUAGCUUUGAUGGUACCUUUGAUGAUACCUUUGAUCGCACUUUUGAGCGUACCUUUAGGCGUACCUUUGAUCAUAGCCCUGAACAUCGUCUCAGUGACGGCGGCCAUGAGGUCCCCGCGGAGAGCCACCAUCUAGAGCAAAAUACACAACCCGAAAAGAACGGCCCUUCUAAAUUAGCGACCCAUCUAAUUAUUCACUACGUUAAAGAAUAUGUGAAAUAUGUUGUCCACUCUUUACUUCAUUUUUAUUUUUACCUAUGUAACACAUUUUAUCGAACCCUUUCCGUGUUGCCAAAAGGCUAUUUAGAAUUCCCAAAGCAGUUCAAUUAUUAUGAGUCCAUUUCGGACCACCUCUUGACCAGCUUUGUUACCAUUUAUAAAAUAUAUAAACAAAGUAACACUUCAGAAUUUCGCUUUAAAUUAGAUCAACUGGCAUUCUUGGGUUCGGGAUUCAUUUACGACAAAAGAGGAUACGUUUUGACGGCUGCGCAUAACAUAACGAAUACAGAGGGUACAUUCGUUAUCAAAAAUGAAGACAACUUUUAUGUAGCAACGGUGGCCGGUUUGCACAGGGAAUCAGAUAUAUGCGUCAUGAAAAUUAACUCGGAGGAACAGUUUAGCCACAUACCUCUAAACUCCAGCAGGGAAUUCUUAAAGCCAGGAGAACCAGUAAUCACGUAUGGACAAAUACAGAAUUUCGAUAAAGAGACCUUCAGUAUCGGUGUCGUAAAUCAACCUAGACAGACCUUCACCAAAUUUGAAAACUUUUAUGAGAAGGAGCAAACCUGUUUGUACCCCUUUAUUCAAAUAAGCAAUCCGAUUAACAAAGGCAUGUCCGGCUCGCCACUAAUCGACAAGCAUGGAAAUCUCGUAGGAAUGAUACAAAAAAAAAUAGAUAAUUACGGGUUGGCCUUGCCCGUAAAUAUUUUAAAAAACAUCACAACCCACUUGCAAGAGGAAGGGACAUACAAGGAGCCAUUUCUGGGAAUUGUCUUGAGAGAAAAAGAGCAGAGUACCCCCGCAGUUUAUAAAAAUUGCAAAAAUGAACUAAAAAUACAGGACGUUUUGGUUAACUCACCUGCGGACCUUGCCGGCAUAACGAAAGGAGAUAUCAUGUUGACGAUUAACAAUAAGGAGAUUAAAAACAUUUGCGAUGUGCACGAAAUUUUGAACAGCACAUCGGAUGGUUACAUCACAGUCGACAUUAUCCGUCAUGGAAAAAACAAAAAAAUAAAAGUAAAAAAAAAUAAGAAGGAAGAUCUCGAAUAUAAGCCGUUCAAAAAUAUCAGCUUUAACAAGCUUAAGACCAAUCUGAAAAACUUUCUUGUAAUCAACAAAAAGUUUAACAUAUCGGAUGUUAAGCACGUUUCCUUUUUAGGAAAGUUUCACAAUUACGAGAAAAUUGAGAAUUACGGCGUAAAUGAAAUAUGCAUACUGGGCCGGAGCAACGUAGGGAAGUCAACCUUUCUGAGGAACUUCAUAAAAUAUCUUAUCAAUGUGAAUGAGCAUGCAAAUGUGAAAGUUUCCAAGAACAGCGGGUGCACUAGGUCGAUAAAUUUAUAUUCUUUUGAAAAUGGAAAGAAAAAGAAGUUGUUCAUUUUAACAGAUAUGCCUGGCUUUGGCUAUGCUGCAGGAAUAGGCAAAAAGAAGAUGGAGUUUUUGAGAAAGAACCUAGAGGACUACAUAUUUCUGCGAAAUCAAAUAUGCCUGUUUUUUGUUCUUAUCGACAUGAGCGUGGACAUACAGAAGAUUGAUGUGUCCAUAGUGGACGCCAUAAAAAAAACGGACAUACCCUUCAGAGUCAUCUGCACCAAAAGCGACAAGUUGAGCACAAAUGCUGAGGAACGGCUUCAAGCAAUCAAAAAUUUUUAUCAGCUUGAAAAACUCCCCAUAUACAUUUCGAAAUUUUCGACGCACAAUUAG